CAUCAAGCUGUUGCUUUUUCUCUGUCCUAAAGAAUCCGAUAGUGCUCCAAGGAACGUCCAAACUUGUUCUUUAAGCUCGAAUACAGUAGUUAUACAGUGGGACCCUCCUAAAGAACCUAAUGGAGAAGUUACGGGCUACAAAGUACACUUUAAAACUCUUCCCAAUCUUCCUACAACCAACUGGAAAACCCAAAAUGUUGAUAGCGGUACACUUACAACAAUCAGUGAUUUGACACCUCAGACCAUUUACACCAUCCGGAUCCAAGCACUUACCAGCAGAGGAUUUGGUCCAUUGUCUGCUCCUGUACAAGUAGAAACUCAAGAAGGAGUGCCAAGUCAACCCUCAAACUUACUUGCAAAAUCAAUAUCACCCACGACUGUCCAGCUACAGUGGAGCCAUCCAGAACACUUGGGCGAGAGUGUUAUUGGUUAUGAGUUAUACUGGAAUGACACUUUUACCCAGAAGCAGGACCACCACACCAUUCCAGCCAUCAAUUCCUACACUCUUAGCAACCUAUACCCAGACACAAUAUACCAGAUCUGGGUGGCAGCUAAGUCAAAACAUGGUGAAGGAGCUGCCACCCCACCAGUUAGUGUAAAAACUGACCAAUAUUUGCCAGAUGAACCAAGAAAUGUGAAGAUGGAGCCUGUUAGUAGCACCAGUCUUCAAGUUCAAUGGAAUCCUCCAGCUAAUAAAGAUAAAAAUUGGCCAAUCAAAGGUUACCAGAUCCACAUCCAAGAAAAGGAUCAAAACAACGGCUUGGUUGGAGCACCCAUCAGGUUUCAUGUAAGUAAUGAAGAUGUGGAAGCCUAUAACAUUACGGGGCUUAAGCCAGAUACAACUUACGCUGUACAGGUGGCUGCUGUCACUCGGAAAGGUGUUGGAACACGUAGUCAUCCAAGAACAGCAAAGACAAGAGGAGGAGGUGAGACAGUUGAAUGGUGACACUCCCAUUUUACUAUAUGAUAUACGAGCAGAGAUAUGUGUAUUCAAAAAGGACAAUGAAAUAAAGGAAAGAAGUCAUCAUAAGUAA